AUGGCGAUAACGGGAAUUGCUUCAACAACUACCCCUUCGCAGAUCCACAAGCUCCCCCUAGCCGCCCACAUCGACGCCGUGAAGUGGCUCCCUCCGCUCUUGCCUCUCUCGAAGCUCUUCGCUCUUGCUCUCUUCGACACCGACGCCUCCGCCCCCUCCCUCCAAACCUUCUCUUUUUCAGACCCAUCUUCUCCCUCUUCUCUCUCCCCUCCCCAUUCCAUCUGGAUCCCACCUUCUCGAAUCUCCUCUCUUGCCUCCUUCCGCCAGUCCCCGAUCCUUGCCGCGUCGACUCUCUCCGGCUCCCUCCACAUUCUCUCUGCGGGCCCCGCGGGGCUCGAGCUGCUGCUCGCUGUGGACGAUAAGGGGUUUCACGAGGGACCCAUUUUGGGAAUUGACGUGGCGGAGAGCGCUGCGGUCGUGAGCGUGGGGGAAGAUGGGAGGGUCAAUUUGGUAAAUUUCGGUGGCGGUGAGGGUUUUAGGAGGGUUUUUGAUGGAGAGGGUUUGGUGGGGUUUAACGCCGUGAAAUGGGCGUCUCCGAGUGAGUUUGUGACUGGUGGGUAUGGUUUUGGACUUCAAUGGUGGGAUCUGAGACGCCCCGGUGGACCAGUUUCGCAGUUUAAAGGGAACUGGUCUCAAGGGAAAUCUUCGGGGUUGGUACAUUCCAUUGAUGUUCAUCCAUCAAGAAAGCACACUUGUCUGGCUGGAGGCUCGUCAGGUACAAUAUUUGCCUGGGAUCUACGGUGGCAGCAACAACCAAUUGUUCUUUCCGGUGUUGGGACUGGAGAGGCUGCAAUCCCUUUGUUAUCUGAAAGUGAGGUUUGGGAGGUUCAGUAUGAUUGCUAUGCAAAAUCUUCAAAUUCAUCUGCACGAGUCUUACCUGCAAUGUUCUGCUCAGAAGAUGGUAUCCUUGCCAUGGUUGAACAAGGCGAAGAACCCAUCGAGCUUUUGGCUGAGCCUUGUGCAAUCAACAGUUUUGACAUUGACCAGCAAAACCCCUCGGAUGUUAUUUGUUGUUUGGAAUGGGAAUCUAUAGCGAUUGUGAUAAGGCCAUGAUGUUAUUUUAGAAUUGUAUGUAUAGAGAGUUAACCACUCAGCUUGGGAUCUGUUCAUGUGUUUUUCUUCCGGACCAUUUACUUAAUAAUCCGAGAGCUACCCAGCUUCUUGGUGUAAUGUACUCCAUUCUGGCCUUGGAAGAUGCAUGGAGCAAGUUCCUGACAGAAAAAAAACAACUGUGAUGUUCUUGAACGGCUAGUUGGCAAAGCAUAUUGAUAAUUCUGCAUCCGGGCAACUCAUGAAGACAGUUUAUGUCAUGAUUGAAUCGCUAACAAGCAGCUGUUCUUGUGCUGGGUAAUUUGAUUAGAUGUUUUAACAGCAAAUGUAAUUCUAACCAUUUGAUCAUGCUUACUGAAUGAGAAUCUUGAGCAAGUUGUAACCAGUGCCACAUUGUUAAAUUUGAUCUCACUUUGCAGAGAAUUUUAGCAGUUGGGCUGGGUUUUGUUUCUCUUUUCAAAUCUCUUUGGGUAUUGUUUUGUGCAAUUGUUUUUCUUGAAAACAAAUUCUAUAACUAGGAUUUAUAAUUUUGUAUUUUCAA